UCUCUCUCUCUCUCUCUCUCUCUCUCUCUCUCUCUCUCUCUCUCUCUCUCUCUCUCUCUCUGUUUCUUCCCGCUGCAGCAUUCAGAGAUGGAGCCAGAUGAUAGCGGGGGAUGUAGCCACCAGAAGCAGAUGAUUUCCUUUCUUGAGAACAACCUGGACCAGCUUACAAAAGUUCACAAACAGUUGGUACGUGAUAAUGCAGACCUGCGUUGUGAGCUUCCUAAGCUAGAGAAGCGUCUUCGGUCUACAGCUGAGAGAGUGCGGGCGUUGGAAGGUGCACUGAAAGAGGCUAAGGAGGGGGCCAUGAAGGACCGUAGACGCUAUCAACAGGAAGUGGAGAGUAUCAAAGACGUUAUGAGGGCCAAGAACCCCCUCCGUAGGCAACAUGCUGCCCAGAUAGCCAAGCCCGUCCGUCCGGGCCAGUUCCCACUCUGCUCCCCCACCAACCCAUGGGUUCGCAUUACUGAACAGCAACACUCCAUCCAUUUUAGUAACGCCAUGUUCCAGAUCCCCAGCCAGACAGCUAGCCAUCACACCAGCCACCCUGCCGCUCCCCCAGCUACAGCAUCUAACUCCAACCCCACCCAGACCAACAAUCACCACUCCAAUGAGACCAGCCUCCAUCAGACCAAGACGCUGCCAGCUGAGCCAACCAAAACCACCGCAGUGGACAACGGCACAGUAAAGGACACUACAGUGCAGAAGACUACAGUGGAUAACCCAACAGUGGACAAUGCUGCCACAGUAGAUCAUUCUCCAGUGAAGCACCCUACAGUGGAUAACACUACAGUGAAUAGUGCCGCAAUGGAUAACUCCCCAGUGAAGCACCCUACAGAGAAGGACACUACAGAAAAAGGCUCUACAUUGAAGGACCCUAUAGUCAACUCUACAGAAAUGGUGGAUGUUGACAGUGUCAACGGGAACACUACAGAUAUCAAUGACAACAGGAAUGAUGUGCAGCACUGCGACAACCACAACCAGGAGAACCCAGCCAAACUGCACCACGUCAUCCAGCCAGAACAGAAUGCCAGCUAGUGACCCAGCUCGAUAGGUGUCCGGUUCUGCCAAGACUUACCUCGUAAAUUCGCAUGCUGCGGAUCAACGGCCCUCUGAUCACCCCUCUAUCCUCCUCCCCUCUUUCCCAGUAACACCAACUCUCUUCCUCCCUCUUUAGAACUCUCUGUAGCCCUCCACCCUCUCCCUUUCUCCACCUUUUCCCCUCUGCCUCUCCUGCUUGCUAUCCGCCUGUCUCUCUUGAACCAUUUGUCCAAUACUUUGUAGGUGAUAUGAAUAUAACAUACUGUACUAUGGGGGUAUGUAUAGUAGGCCUACUGUAUGGAUUGUGUAUACAAAGGAACCAUGGCAGCAUAGAAAACUCUGUAACUGAACCACUAUGCUUAGGUCCCAAAUGGCACCCUAUUCCCGUCGGGCUCUGGUCAAAGGUAGUGGACUAUAAAGGGAGUAGGGUGCCAUUCGAGACACAACCUAGAACUGGCAGCUUCCUCUUAGCCCUUACUAUUCCUCUGACCCUGUUGGAAUGAAUUGAAGCUGUACUAGCCAAUGAGGAUUGGAGCGUGAUGGUGCAGUGUUCUGUGUGGCAAUAGGGCGCGCACAUCCUGCUCUUCUCCGUCUAGGAGGUACAGUACAUUGUGAGGGUAAAUGACGAGACAUGAUCCUUUUAGGCUCUUUUGGCCUUUUCUGUACCUAUAUCAAAAAUAAGAGUAUAUAAGCCUAAUACCUCUAUUCAACACAAAGAGAAUAGGUUGGAAAAUAGAUGUAACGGCAUUCAUAGGAAGAAGGUGAGGACCAAGGUGCACGCAAAUUAUUUAUUCGAAACUGAACACUAAAUACAAAAUAACAAAAGGAAUAACCGAAACAGUUCUGACAGGUGAUACACACACUCAACAGAAAACA